AUACGUGUUGCCAACCGAAACACCGCGAUGACUCAAGCGAAUCAUUAGGGCGAAUUAUAUGUAAUGUUAACAGCAAUAUGUUGGUAUUGAGUGCAUAUUACAUUACAUUUAGAUUGAUGAUGUUGAUUCCAUUUAUGUUUUAUUAGUUGUCAUCGCAUACAGUAACACUUAUCAAAGCAUUUCAUGUCAAACCAAUUAUUAUAUAUCAUUUUUUUCUUGAACAAUCCUUAGUUUUUAUUCCUUGUGAAAAUUGUGCUUGGUUUUUUUAUUUGUUUUGCUGGUCAAAACUAAAUGAGAUUCAAUCGAAGCCGUACCGAUUGCCAUACAUAAGUCCGACUGUGUGAUUUUAAGCAAAGGUAGUGAUUUCUCUCGAAUAAGAAGCAAGAAACCAUGGCCCAUUCAUCCAGUCACAGUGAACGCAGUAUUCACGAAAUGCUCAAAGAUGCACCGCCAAUGAACGAAAGCAGUGCUAUACAGUCAGGUAUCGAGGGUCGCGUUAAGCAUCCAAGUAGCUUACAUAUUCGCACCAAUUCUGCUCCAACCACACCGACACCGCUCAGCCCAUCGUUCAACGGUGAAUCGGGGACGUUUUUGAAAAAUAGCGUUUCAAAGAUUGAUACAUUGAAAAAUUGGAGUAUAUCAACUUAUAAAUGUACACGUCAGCUUAUGCUUGAGAAAUUGGGCAAAUCCACGCGCACCGUUGACUCGGAACUGGAAGCACAAAUCGAACAAUUGCGAGAGACACAACGAAAGUAUCUACAAAUCUUGCGUCUGACUCGAGCACUCAGCUCACAUUUCCAUCAUGUGGUGCAAACUCAACACUGUUUGUCGGAGGCAUUCUCCGAUUUGGCCCAAAAAAGUCCCGAACUACAACAGGAAUUUCUUUAUAACUCCGAAACACAACGCAGUCUCACCAAAAACGGCGAACUUUUGUUGAAUGCCUUGAACUUUUUUGUGUCGUCCGUGAGCACACUAUGCAAUAAAACCAUUGAAGAUACAUUGAUCACGAUACGACAAUAUGAAGUGGCGAGGAUUGAAUAUGAUGCAUAUCGAAUGGAUUUGGAGAGCAGCAAGGGUGAAGCUCCAGUUGCUAACGGUGAAGAUGCGCAGAAGAGUUACGCCAAACACAAAGAAAGCUACGAGAAAUUGAGAACCGAUGUUGCUGUUAAGAUGCAAUUUCUCGAUGAAAACCGGAUUAAAGUGAUGCAUAAACAACUAGUGCUAUUACACAAUGCCGUCUCUGCUUACUUCUCUGGCAACGCAUCCGCUCUGGAGGGAACAAUCAAGCAGUUCAAUGUAAAGCUGAAAUCACCAAAUUCAGUGACUGGGUCAUGGCUUGAAAAGUAAAUCCAAGGAUGUGAAUCCAUAGAGUUUGUCCAUUGAUAGUCUCUAACUGAAGUUACUUAAUUCAAAAGAAAAAAAAUGCUUUAUAACAUGAAAUUAGUGAAAACGAUCUCGCCGCCAGCCAUAUAAUGAGAUCAAAUUGUUGACAAGAAGCCGAAUCUUUGCUUGGGCUAUGUGGAAAAAAGAUGAAAGCCAAUAUUCUUCGUAAAAUGCGGGAAUGCAGUGGAAUUUUUUAUGUUUGUUUUCGAAUUGCUCGAAAUAUCAUCAAGUAUUUGUGGGAGGAGUCUCUCUUCAGCCGAUAUAGUCGCACUUUCAUCAUUUCCUUUUUCUAAUAGAUAAAAUAUGUAUAUCUGACCGUGUUUCUCUUUUAAAGUGAUAACAAACAAACCAAACCCAUAUAUAAACCCUAUUUAUGAUUUUUUCGAUGUAAACCACCAUUCUGUUCUGAAUCAGUAACCUUGUAUGAUAUAUCAAACUUUACAUAUUUAUACGACUUCGUUGUCACACUUUAUUUAAACACAAUUUAGGCAUUAUAUAUAAAAUAGCAUUACUUUUUGAACAAUCGAACCGGUAUAAAUGUAUAUGUUUUUUUGAUGAAAAUCAAAUUUGAAGUUUAUGCGAUAAGAAUGUACUAAUAUACGUCUUUAAACGUA